AAGGGUCCUCCCUAGUUCCUGUCGCCGUGCGGUUGCUGUUGGGGAGCCGGGAGUGGGCGAGCGGGGGCUCCGGGCGCGCUGUGCCGGGAGUGAGGAUGUCGAGCGGGGGCCGCUGCCCGGACUGUGGCUCCGCGGCGCUCGUGGAAGACUCACACUAUUCGCAGAGCCAGCUGGUGUGCUCCGACUGCGGCUGCGUGGUCACCGAGGGGACCCUAACCACCACCUAUACGGAUGAGGGCAACCUCCGAGAAAUAACAUAUUCUCGAAGCACUGGGGAAAAUGAACAAGUUAGUCGCAGCCAGCAACGAGGUCUUCGCCGAGUGAGAGACCUUUGUCGAGUGCUCCAGUUGCCAUCGACAUUUGAGGACACAGCAAUUGCCUAUUACCAAAAGGCAUUCCGGCACUCUGGCAUUCGUGCUGCCAGGCUGCAGAAGAAGGAGGUGUUGGUGGGCUGCUGUGUUUUAAUCACCUGCCGGCAGCAUAACUGGCCCCUUACCAUGGGGACCAUCUGCACCCUGUUAUAUGCAGACCUGGAUAUGUUUUCUGGCACCUACAUGCAGAUAGUGAAGCUUCUGGGGCUAGAUGUGCCGUCUCUGUGCUUGGCAGACUUGGUGAAGACUUACUGCAGCAGCUUCAAGCUGUUCCAAGGCUCCUCUGUGCCAGCCAAAUAUGCGGAAGACAAAGACAAGAUGCUGUCUCGAACCCUGCAGCUAGUAGAGCUGGCAGAUGAGACGUGGCUGGUGACGGGCCGGCACCCUUUGCCUGUCAUCACUGCAGCGGCUUUCCUGGCGUGGCAGUCUCUGCGGCCUGCCCAUCGGCUAACGUGUUCCCUAGCGCAGUUUUGUAAAGUGGCCAGUGUGGACCUGCCCUACCCUGCUGCCUCCCGCCUGCAGGAACUGCUGGCCGUGCUGCUGCGGAUGGCCGAGCAGCUGGCCUGGCUGCACAUUCUCAAACUGGACAAGCGAUCUGUGGUAAAGCACAUUGGCGACCUUCUCCAGCACCGACACCUGCUCAUCCGCAUGGCCUUUCGGGAAGGGACAGCACAAGUGGAGUCCCAGGAGGAGCUUCAGGGACAACAGCAAAGACGGGAAGAAGAAGAAGUGGGGGACAACCCCUCAGAUGUGCCCAAUGGGAAGCGACCGGCCAGUCCUGCCCUUCUCCUCCCACCCUGCAUGUUGAAGCCCCCAAAGCGGAUCCAUAGCGCAUCCUCCAUCUCCACAGUGACUGGAGAUGAAAACAUUUCUGAUAGUGAGAUAGAGCAGUACUUGAGGACCCCUCAGGAAGUAAGGGACUUUCAGAGAGCCCAAGCUGCUAGCCAGGCUGCUGUGGGCACCCCUAACCCUCCUUGAUGUUCUCCAGUUGGGCCUACUUGAUCUUGUUCUGAGCAGCAUAGUAGGCCUGUGAUAUCACAGGAAGUAAGUGUAUGUAGCCUUGAAUAUUGUCUCGUUUGAAGGAACCAGAGGGGUCCACUUAGCUGGUCCUCAGGUCCUGGAGUAGGAAUUGGGAGGAACAAGUUGCAAAUGUCUUACAUUUUGUGGGGUGGCUUUUUCCCUGAAACUCUUAAUGGAAAAUACUACUCUCUCCUGCCCCAGUUUGAAUCACUCUGCUCUCGUGGCAUUCCCAGUGAUACCAACCAUCCGAGAAGCAGUAGCUAUGUCCAUUCUAGGCACCUCUUGUGUGUAUGGUGUUACGAGAUCCUCUAGCUCUUUAAGAAUUGACUGGGCUGGGAAUGUGGCAGAGUGGUAGAGUGCCUGCCUCGUAUACAUGAA